CCCACUACACUAUUUACAUUAGUUUAGCAACCAUGGCCAUGAUGUCCCUGCAGCAGCGGCUGCUGCAGCCCAGCGCCGGCGUUCGCUCGGUGGCGCCCUUCAGGCCCGUGGUGGCGCCUCGCCCUGUGGUGGUCGUCCGCGCGGCGGCCCUGGACGAGGAGGUUGAGUUUGAGGUCGUGGCCAACAAGCCUCAGCAGAAUGUGCGUAAGGAGAAGCCGCGGUCCAAGCGCUUCAAGGCGAUGCAGACCAAGACUCCUGGCCGCACCUCGGAGCUGGACCCCAAGGAGGCUAUUCGCCUGGUGAAGCAGACCGCCUCCACUAAGUUCACUGAGUCCGUGGAGUUCCACGCCCGCAUGGGCCUGGACCCCAAGUUCUCGGACCAGCAGCUGCGCGCGACUGUGUCGCUGCCAUUCGGCACCGGCAAGGAGCUGCGCGUGGCCGUUCUGACCCAGAACGACAACAUCAAGCUGGCUAAGGAUGCUGGUGCCGAUGUUGUGGGCGGGGAUGACCUGAUCGAGAAGAUUAGCGGUGGUUUCAUGGAGUUCGACAAGCUCAUUGCCACCCCCGACAUGAUGCCUAAGGUCGCCAAGCUGGGUCGUGUGCUGGGUCCCCGUGGCCUGAUGCCCAACCCCAAGGCGGGCACCGUGACCACCGAUGUGGCCGGGACCGUCAAGGACUUCAAGGGCGGCAAGGUGGAGUACCGCCUGGACAAGACCGGCAACCUGCACGUGCUGUUCGGCCGCGCCGACUUUAAGGAGGAGGACCUGCUCUUCAACCUGAAGGCCGUGCAGGAGUCGAUCGAUGCCAACAAGCCCCCCGGCGCUAAGGGUGUGUACUGGAAGUCCAUGUACGUGUGCACCACUAUGGGCCCCUCGCUGCGCAUCGGCGUCUCGGCCCUGCAGAACACUAAGGGCAAGGCGGAGUAAGCGGCUCGCGCUGGACUCGCUAACGGCGGCGACUGUGGGCUUGGGAAGGCAGCGGACAAUGGAUUUUGUGGUGUUGGCAUGGAGGUGACGGCUGCGCGGGAGGCCGGCUUGGUUUGGAGGCCGGCGGCAGCAGGUUUGGCGGCUGGCGAGCAGCAGCGCUGAAGCAAUGCAGCAGCAGCAGGAGCAGCAGUGGACUGACCGCAUGAUGGAGAGCAGCAGCAUGUGGAGGAGCGGAGCAUGGCGUUUGCACACGCGCUUUGUGCGGAGUAGGAGGCUGCGCUGGCCAUCGCGAUCGGCGGGCGCUGUGCUUUGUCUGGGCCGCCAGCGGCGGCAGUUCACACGGCGCGCGGGAUGGCGAUGUCAGGGCGUCAGCGGUGCCCGAUUUUGCAAUCGCCUUCAGAUACAGACCGGCGCCGUGCGAGCGCGCCGGCGGGCGUGGAUUUUCUUGUGGUAGAGGGCGGAUGGAGCUGGGACCUCGUGAGCGGCACGCAACGCAGCUGACAGGCUGCACCGCUCGGCCGCGAUCCAGUCGCAGCCGAUGCAGGGCGUGCACAGAGCUUGCUUGGAGCUGGCGGCGGUGGCUUUGGGGUUCAGGUCACAACGCACGGAUGGCAAGCGCUGCCGGCGUGCGCGUGUCGUCAGCGCACGGCUAACGCUAGCCAGCUAUCCGGCAUGGCAUAGGAGGAUGGGGUCGCCGCGGUAUUUUCAGAGUCGGAUAGACUAAGCGGCGGCUUGGAACAUAGAUACAGACUGUUCCGUGCGGAGUGGAGGAUUGGGCCGCAACCGGCGGCAAGUAAACGAUGUAAUGUCGUGGUAAA